CUCAUUCUGUGCGUAGGCAAGUGCCUUGAAGAAGGAAGGAAGUUUAGGAAUGCCGGGAAUAAUAGGACCAUCUGAUUAUUCACAAGAACCACCUCGUCAUCCAUGCCUUCAAGUUAAUGCGAAGGAACCCUUCAAUGCAGAGCCACCUCGAUCAGCCUUGAUUUCCUCAUAUGUGACUCCGGUGGAUUUGUUUUACAAGAGAAACCAUGGACCAAUACCAGUUGUUGAUGACAUAGAAAGAUAUUGUGUUUCCAUAACUGGUCUAACUGGAAAUCCCAAAAAUAUUUUCAUGAAAGAUAUUUGGAAGCUUCCAAAGUAUAACAUCACUGCCACUUUACAGUGUGCGGGUAAUAGAAGGACUGCGAUGAGCAAAAUCAAAACGGUGAAAGGAGUUGGCUGGGACGUUGCUACUUUGGGAAAUGCUGUCUGGGGUGGUGCCAAAUUGGCAGAUGUCCUUGAACUGUUUGGAAUACCAAAGUUUACUGGCACCACGCCAUCAGGUGGGAAACAUGUGGAAUUCGUGAGCAUUGAUAAGUGUAAGGAGGAGAAUGGUGGUCCUUAUAAGGCAUCAAUCCCGUUAAGUCAGGCCACGAACCCCGAAGCUGAUGUUUUACUUGCAUAUGAGAUGAAUGGAGCGACUCUUAAAAGGGAUCAUGGCUAUCCAUUGCGUGUGGUUGUCCCAGGUGUCAUUGGUGCCCGUUCUGUUAAAUGGCUUGAUUCCAUCAAUAUAAUCCCAGAAGAAUGCCAGGGUUUCUUUAUGCAAAAGGACUAUAAAAUGUUUCCUCCCUCAGUUAACUGGGACAACAUCGAUUGGUCUACCCGUAGACCGCAAAUGGAUUUCCCUGUACAGUGUGCAAUAUGUUCCUUGGAGGAUGUGAAUGUGGUAAAGCAUGGAAAGAUAACUAUCAAGGGAUAUGCAGUUACGGGAGGUGGGCGUGGGAUUGAGAGAGUAGAUGUGUCUAUUGAUGGUGGCAAAACCUGGUUGGAAGCGUCCAGAUACCAGAAAACUGAUAUUCCGUAUAUUGCCGAUGAAACAAGUAGCGACAAAUGGGCAUGGGUGCUUUUUGAGGCCACGGCUGAUAUCCCCCAAAGCGCAGAGAUAGUUGCCAAAGCGGUGGAUACGGCUGGAAAUGUCCAACCUGAAAAUGUUGAAGUCAUUUGGAACUUGAGAGGGAUCCUGAACACUUCUUGGCAUCGGGUGCAUGUGAGGGUUGGUCACUCCAAUCUGUAGGCUAAAUACGAGAUUACAAGGUAAUGGGAGUAUCUUUUUUAACACGCUCUGCUCUGGGACUCACUUUCGUGCUUAUUAAAAUACAUAAUAAUUUUAAUAAUGGUAUUUAGCUUGAUCAUCUUGCUGCCUGGUGGACCUGCUUUUGAAUUCACGAAGCUAAAUGGCAGUUGUAGACUGUUAGUUUCAAGCUGACACAAAAAAUGAUGUUUUCAGCCAGCUAUUUUCCUCAUGCGCGUUGAACCAUCUACACAGAAAAGUCUAUGGCACCGCGUUGGUAGCUACUAAAAAAAUUUGAAAAAAUUACCACUCGAAACUGGUUGAACAAGUGAGGUUCUAAAUUUUUGGGCUUGAUCUUUUACACAUUAUAAUUGAUUCUAAAAACUUCAAAUUGAUCCCAUUUUUUUUGGGAUUGUUCCAAAUUGUC